AUGCUUCCAAAUUAUCGUGUCAAACAGCUCAAACCGUUCGCCAGUAUUGGAGUCGAUUAUGCUGGUCCCAUUACCCUGAAGGGAGGCCAAUUGAGUUCCACCUUGUCAACCGAGACAUUCUUGUUGGCCUUUGCUCGUUUCACAGCUCGCCGUGGUCCCGUAAAGAAUGUGCAUAGUGACAACGGAACCAACUUUGUCAGGGCUUCCAUACUACUAACCCCAUUAAAGGCCUUCAUUCAUUCGUCAACUUACCAAGAUCGUGUAUCUAGCUACUUAGGUGCCAAACAAAUUCGUUGGCAUUUUAACCCGCCAUCAUCUCCACAUUUUGGUGGACUGUGGGAAGCUGGUGUGAAAUCGACCAAAUCAUUGAUUCUUAAAUCAAUAGGUACCCAACGCUUGACAGGAGAGGAAUUAACUACACUGCUUCCUCAAAUCGAAGCCACGCUGAACUCACGCUCUCUCUGUCUAUUGAGUAACGACCCUACUGACUUAGAGGCACUUACGCCGAGUCACUUCCUAACUCUUGAACCGUCAACGUCACUCCCUGACCCAAACUUGGACUCCAUUCCAUUAUCAAAAUUAUAG